AUGGGAGACCAGGCACACCAUGAAAAGGCCCAGCGAUACAUCAGCUCACUUGAUGCCGCGCGUAUCGCGGGAAAUUGGCACGAACUUCCCGAGCUUGUGAGGAAAGUCACAAAGCAUGCUCCAGACAGGAAAUUCUUAAUCCAGGUCGCCAAAAUCGAAGGUGAAAUCGCCAACUAUGCAAUUUCAGCAAGUCGAAGACCUAGCAGCACUCCCCCCAUUCCAGACGCCCAGAUCUCCCUCCUCGAAACCGAACUGCGUACCAGUGAGCAGCCUUUUGAAGAGGUAGUGCAAGGCCAGACGUCUCUUCUAUGGGCACGUUGGGUUGGCCCGCCACAACCUGAUCGUUCAGUUCCCUCCGUAACCUUUGAACCCGCUCGAGCCGCCUCCGAUGCCACUUCGAUGUGGACAAAGAUUUGCGUGGUCAAGGCAACUUACAUAAGGGGGAUGUUGUUCGGCCAGGCAGGAAAAGAGGAGCAAAAAGGAGAACUUCACGAUUCAAUUCUGCCAUGGAUGGACUCAAAUCGCAGCCUGGUCGUUUCCACUCCACAGCUCCUGUACUGGGCACAACAGCUCCUUGGUCAAGUAGCAUUAGGCCAGAAACAGCAGACUGGAUCUACUGUUCCUCUCAGUGACGACAAGACUGCCCCAUUCAGACUCCAGGCAUUCCGCCACUGGGCCGCGCUGGCUGUGAAGAACCAGGACGUUUCAGCCUCAACUUACGGGAAUGGGCCCGGACAUCUCUCUAAGCUUGUCAUGUGGAGGGCCUAUUAUCGAUUCAUGUCAAGCAUCUUGCAUCAGACUCCAGGAAGUACCAUGAACAUCUCCAUUAGUCGACCUGAGUUGGCCACCGAGCUUCGUCGAGUUGAAACUUCCUACGAAAGUGAGCUCCUGAGACAAGCUCGAUUUCCCAGAGCAAAUGAAUCUAAUACUACCAUCGAAGGAUGGGUGGAAGAAGUCAUUAGCAACUGGAAGAUUCUAUGUGGGCCAGACUGGUCGGAUUCGGAUCUCGGAGAAGGCGGUCGCAAUGCGGUGGGCAGAAACGUUCUCGAUAUGCUCUACCGCGCUGCGACCAAGACCUUCCACUCGACUCUUAUCUUGAGACGAUUGUUUCAAGUGCACAAGUCCUUGACAGAUUUCGACCUCGCUUACCAUGCUCUUGACACCUACAUAGAACUCAUUGACCGCGCGAGGGCACGAGCUGCCAAAUCCAAGGGCCCGGCGACCGACUGGGACGGCGACGAUCUCUUUCUGCGAACAAUCUCCGAAGGGAUUGAAGGACUCUGUUCAUUUGGACGUCGGUCUGAAGCGGAGAAAGCGUAUGAAUUGUGUCUCAAACUCGAAGACCUUCUCGAAGAGCUUGAGCCCCGUUUGCCAGAUUCAACGCCGAACGGAUUAGGACAUACCAACGGAGAUGCCGCCGCCAGCAAACCAACACUGCCAUCUUUACCGGCAGAUCUGCUGGAAAUUGUUUAUCGAGCCAUUGGUGUGGGAAAGUCGCAUUGGGCAAGGUGGACACCCUUUAGUGAGAAUCGAUCGACCCUGCAGUCCGAGGCGGUCGAAUUCCUCCAGAAAGCUGCGGCGCAGAAAUUGCCUCCAGAGCAGCUGCUGAAAACCUUAUACGCGCUAGGUCGGUUGCUCGCCGAGACGCGUGACAUUGACCAGGCGAUUUCGAUUGUGAAGAAAGCCCUGGCAUGUGGUGCCGCAAAAGAUCAAGAAGAUAAUACUUAUCGGAUACAACGACAGCUAAUACCAUUUUGGCACCUGUUAGCUCUUCUGCUGACAUCGAGGCAGAGUUUUGAGAUUGCAGGCCAGAGUUGCGUUGCAGCAUUCGAACAAUUCUCCCCCCCGGAAAUAAUAUUUGGUCAUGCCCCCGGGGCUUCCGGUAUGGGGGAGAAGCAGAGCACGGGAACCCGGAAGACAGGACUGGUGGACGACAUGGAAUGCGAUGAAUUGCAAAAGAUCAUUGAAAUUCGAAUUACCGAUCUUGCGCUGACAGAACUCAUUGAAGGACCCGAACACGCGGUGAACAGCAGCAAUGAGUUGCUAGCCCUUUACUCUCGGCUAUUUGAGCGAUAUGGAGCUCUGACUUUGAAUGAGGAAAGAUCGAGAACGAAGGUCGCACAACCACCCAAAAGCUCGGCUGGUACAGUGAAGAGCCUUCGAGAUAGUCUCUUCUCUCGGAAAAGGAUAGGUCGCUCCAGUGAGUCAACGAAGGGACAGAAAAUAAAUGAAACACCAUCCAUCGCAGAGGAGCUGAGGCGGCCCAGUACCAAAGCUACCCAAGCCACCCAAACAACCCAAGCACCAACCAUUCACGUUACGAAUGAGGAUGAAAAACCAUCGCCGCACAAGCAUCGAAUAUUUCGACACUCUCAUGAACACUCCGGAGAGGACAAACGGCAUUUUUCCGGAGCCCUGCACAAGCAAGGGUCAAGACGGCGCCUGUCGCGAUCACAGAGUCGAGUGCGGAAAGAAACCAACAAUGAUAAAUCCUUGGGGACGACUCCAGAGAUGGCCCAAGCCUCCGAUCAGACAGCAGAGAAGGGGAAUCCGGAAUUGGAAACGAUCCCGUCGCAAGAUGUACCAGCUUUACCUGUAUCUGCCAAUCACGACUCGAGCGCCGAGGCCAAACAGCCCUUGAAUAAGGUUCCGCACAAUCUUGACGCACACGACAAGAUACCACCACCGGCCCAGCAUCAGGAUCAACCACCGGAGCAAGAUGUGCGGCUGCCAGUUGUUGAUUCAAGCACGACUCGAACAGAUCCAGGACCUCGCUUUUCCAAAUCAGCGUCCCAGAGACAUGCACUGAGUCUCCUGGUCAAGAUCUGGCUGAUUAUCGCCACACUAUACCGACGCGCCAAUAUGUUUGACGACUCGCGUGAGGCAUGCGACGAGGCCGCAAAGGUGGCCAUGAAGGUUGAGGGGAUGGUUGCCAGCGUCGAGAGCUCAGCGCGGGCAUUCGGCGACAGUGGAUGGGGAGGCAGAGGCAAAAGUUCAGACGAACUUUGGGCUGACGUGUACUGCGAACGAGCGGAGCUCCUGAUGGCAAUUGCUCGGGCACGUGAGGAAAAGGAGGGCCAGGUUACUUCUGACGGCGUGAGGGAGGCGGUGGAUCAGUACGAGCAAUGUCUCAUGCACUUCGCCGACCAUGCGGGAGGUAUCGUAGGACUCAGCAAUGUCCUCCUGGAUUACUACGAACGCAAAGUGGAACUGGGGAAGAGAGCCGAUAAUGGCAAAGGGAGCGCGGAGGGGGUUCAGGAAGAGAAGAGAAGGACGCACAGACGAGACUGGAGCCGAAUAUCUGAGGGAGCGGCAGUUAACGGGUUGUUUGAUGUUGACGCGGCACCUCCUCAUACAGCAAAUCCCACCCCGACCACGCCAUCACAUCCUGUGAAAGAUGAUGACCUUAAGAAAACGCCCGAGAAUCUGAAUCGGCUAGCAGCUCGAGACCGGGCUUAUGGCCUGUUGUCGACGCUGACGAAGCUGGGAACGGGAUGGGACAAUUCAGAAGCGUGGUUUGCAUUGGCGAGGGCACAUGAACUGGGCGGGGAGAUGGACAAGGCCAAAGAGAUACUGUGGUGGUGCGUCGAGUUAGAAGACACGCGACCGAUCCGACAUUGGGGGAAUGUGGGAUGCGGCGGAUAUGUUCUUUGA